AUGGCGGGACUUGAGGUCCCUGUGGCAGGGACCCGGCAGCGCGGUUUUCUCGGUUUUUGGAAUCGUGUAGAAACGUGCUUUGGGCGGCCGGGCCGCAGCGGCGCUGGCGGCGCGGUGCAGAGGCGCUCCCGGGCCGCGGCGGCGGAGACGCCGGCAGAGGGGAAGCCGGGCGCCGCGCAGCGAGCCGCAAGGCCGACAGCUUCAGAAUUAAUUCGAGAUCGGAGAAGACAGAGACAAGACUCCGAGUUUCUACUCUAUCUAGAUGCCCGGAUAAAAACCCUGGUGCCAACUUUCAUUCUUAACAAUUUAGUUUCAAAACGGCUCCUCGGUGCCCUCUGCCUCCUCCGCCGGUCGCAAAGCGCUGCACGAGCCCGCGGCGUCCGCCAAGGCCGGAGUCGGUAUUCUGUCCCGUCCUCCAGCGGCUCCGCCGUCUCGGCCGCGGCCCUGGAGAAGGCGGCCAGAACAAAGCCCACGCUACGAGCCCCUGCCUCAGGUACAUUUUCAGCGGCCAAGUCGGAGCCUCGGACCCCCCAGAGGGCCAGCUUUCUAACACCCGGCCCGCCGUGA